GUAAGGGCAACAUUUCACACACAAAAGGUUUCCAAAAAAAAAAUAAAAGAAAAUUCAUGGAUGGACGAAUAAAGAGAACAAAAAAAAUAUCAAGAGUAAUUGAGAACCCUAAAAGCCAUUGCUGAUUGAGUUUCCUUUUAUCUAUCCUCUCCCUCUAGACUGUGAAGGCAUGGUGAAGGUCUCGGAUGCGAAGCGAAAUUCUAUGUCUCCGACCCUGAAAAGGGGGCCUCGGUCCGGGCUGAAUUACCCAAAACCUGUGAAGAAGAAAAUUGGCACGAAUCGGUUCACUAAAAAAAGAAGUGUAUACAUCCCUUGUAGUAAGAUGGGGAUAAUGGGUAUUUGGUUGCACCGACGUUCUCCCCCCUCAAAGCAAUUAAGAAGCAUGUACCAGUCUCGCAGGAAACAAUGCAGGGUUCAGGAAAAGGAAUUAAGAUUCGGAAAUCCGCCAAAGCCACAAGAUGAUGCACGUGAGAAGAAAGAAGAUUUGGACGACUCUAUGAGUGACUCAUCAUCAUCAUCAUCAUCACAAGAAGAAGAAGACUCAAGAAAAGGACACGAGGAAGAAUCGAAAGAGCAUAAGAGUGAAGAAGAGCUGGAGUACGGCCCAUGUAGUGAGGACGCUCCCUGUAGACUUUGCCGGGAACCGCCGGAGGACACCCCGUGUAGGGUAUGCCUUCGGAUGGGCUGCAACAUUCUUGUCUGUCCCUUGUACUGGGGUAAGGUCCCUCCUUGGGUGACUGAAGUUGGAGAGGACUAUCAGAUUGCUUGUCGGCUAUGCAAUUGCAUUGAUGAUCGGUGUGGGCACUAUGGUAUGAGACAUGUUCGUCUUAAACGCCGUUCCUUCCGCAAAACAGCUUGAUCGCCCGAUGCUUGAUCCAUGAUGAUGAUGCAUCUCCUGCUGUCUCCCCACCCUUUUCCGUAUUUAUUAAUUAUCAUUAAUAAUUAUAACAAUGCAGCACCUUGCAUUGUUUGUUGCUUACUGUACGAAUUGCAAAUCCAUCCAUACUUUUUUAAUAUGAACAUUUGAUCCGCGUGUGUGAUCUCUGUCUGCAUGUGUUGUUGUCAAUGCCAAAAUGCUAUGGAUGUAUCAUUAGAUGUAUCAUCCUCUUUUCAUUCCACUACCACUAGGAACUCAAAUUUGCUCCUCCCGGGCCUCAACCACGAUUCCUUGCACAAAAUUCUUA